UACCUGUAAAUAAUCUAAAGUUCACAAUGCUGGAUGCUGCUUUAAGUUCAUACGGAGCCCAGGUUGUGCAGACUAUAUCAAGCGAUGAGAAUCAUCCACCGGAGAACAUCAUCGACGGAAAAACAGAGACGUUCUGGAUUUCAACUGGCAUGUUUCCGCAAGAGUUUAUCAUCCGCUUUCCAGAUAACAUGAACAUUUUUACUGUCUCCAUUCACAGCUACAACAUUAAAAGGCUAAGAAUAGAAAAGGGCACAUCAGAGGAUGCUGAUAAAUUUGAAGCGGUUGCAGAAACAGAGUUUGAGCAAACAGAGAGCAGCCUACAGGCUAAUGAUAUUUCUGUUAAUGUAUCAAAUACAACACAUUUGCGGUUCCUCAUAUUGUCUGGGUAUGACCAUUUUGUCUCUGUACACAAAGUUAGUGUACAAUCAUGAGAUGAUCUUCAUCUGUUAUGUCCUUUUGUAAACUCACAUGAAGUAAUUUACAUGCUUGUUUUAAAAUUAAUUCAACCGUAUCACUGUAUAUUUUUUUUUCAACAAAUAAACCUUUUC